ACUUCUCGUUGUGGUUGUGGAGGAUUGUAUGAAAAUACAGCUAAAAGGCGCAAACCCCAGCAGCGAAGAUGGAGGCUGGCUUGACGCAUCUGAUGAACGCGCCCGACAAAGGGUUUGUGAACCAGGUGUUUGUGUCUGCGUUCAGCGCACGCCUUGGCACUGUGUCUGCGGAUCUGGUGGAGAAAUCGGCGACUGCCAUGUCUUUGGAGUUGCAGCAAGCGCAAGAGAUGUUCCGUGCUGUCAUUGAGCUGAUCAACCUGGUUCUAUUCGAGAACCUUAACACCGCAGACGGCAUCAAAGAAGCUCUGCCGUCAGGACUGCAUGGCAAACUCAAGUCCCUCGUCGCAAACAUCAUCACACACAACUUGCCCGCAUGGCGAGAGCAGACCGCGAAUAGUCAAUUGUCACUGCCGCGGCUGAAGAAGGUUGACUGGCGGGUGGACAUCAAGACGAGCUCAGACCGCCUCGCCGCCAUGUCCAUGCCCACAGCCGUUGUUCAGCUCACCGUUGACGGGGCGACGGCAAGUCAGUCGGAUAUGGCGGCGCCGCAGUCCAUUGCCUUUGAGGCCAGCAAGGACACGCUUGAGACGAUGCUCGAUGGCCUCGGCAAGAUCAGGGACCAGCUCGCUUCCAUCGCAGACGCUGCUGCAGAGUAGCACGCGGUUUUUGUGUGUUGUGUUGUUUGUGGCGGGAAACAUCUCGCCUCGCUUUGUUUGUGGAUCGCUUGUCUGCUUUCUUGUGUGUGCCCUCUCCAUCUCUCCCUUUCUCUCUGCAAGCAUGCGUCGUUACCUGCGCUGCCGUCAUCAUCAUCAUCAUUUGCUUUCGUUUGUGUUGCUGCAGUAUUGAACAGGGCCAACCGCA